AUGUCUCUAUCAAAUAAUCAGAAACAAUUGAUUGGUUCAGCUGCAAGAUCAUGGAUCACUAGAAAGAGAUAUGCUAGAUUAUUAAUUAAUCAUGAGAAUAGAGACAAGGUAGCAAAAGAGAUAUUUGAAACAGAACAAUUAUAUGUUAGAAAUCUAGAAAUCAUUGUUCAAUACUAUUUGAAACCAUUGAAAACAAUACAACCACCACUAUUAUCACCCAAAUCAAUUCAAUGUAUCUUUGGACACAUUGAAGAUCUAUUGACUGUCAAUCGUGAACUAUUAUGCAAUAUUCAAGAUCGUAUGACAACUUGGAAAGAUAACAAAAAACUUGGUGAUAUCUUUUUAAAAUUGGCUCCAUUCUUGAAAAUGUAUACUGAAUAUUGUUCAAAUUAUGAUAAAGCUGUAACAAAAUUAAAACAAAAAGCUGAUUUAUCAAAAGAUCUUGCUUUAUUUUUAAAGAAAAUUAAUAGUGAAUCAGCAUUUGGAUUAGAUUUAACAUCAUUAUUAAUUAUGCCAGUUCAGAGAAUACCAAGAUACAAAAUGCUUUUACAAUCAUUGAUUCAAUUGACACCAAAAGAAUUUUCAGAUUACAAAGUGAUUGAAGAGGCGUUGCAUAUAGUGUCGGGUGUAGCCGAUCAUGUAAACGAAGGUAUUAGAGAGAAACAAAACUCUGAAAAGAUACUUUCCAUUCAACGUCGAUUCACAGGUUACGUACCACCACUUUUGGCACCACUACGUACUUUUAUUCGUGAAGGCUAUCUCACCAAAGUCUGUAGAAAGGAACCUAAAAAACGUUGGUUUAUUCUAUUCAGUGAUGCCAUUCUCUAUGGCAACAAAAUUGAAACUACAGUUGCCAAUCCAAUCUAUAAAUUUCAUAGAUUAUUAGAACUUUCAAAAACUAAAAUCGUUCAUCUUGAUGAUAAAGAUGCUAAACAUAAGAAUUCAUUUCAAAUUAUACAUACAAGUAAAUCAUUUACAGUAUUUGCAGAUAAUGAUAAAGAAAAGGCAACAUGGUUGAUGGCAUUGGAUACACAAAUUAAAUUCCUUUCCCAAAAUGAGGGAAUUUCAGUUGCAAGAAUGAACAGACAAUAUAGUAAUAUUAAAAUACUCAAAGCAGAGACGGACGAGUCAACAACUCAACAAGCAUCAGCUCCCGUUUGGAUACCUGAUAGUGAUGCAAAUCAAUGUAUGGAAUGUGGUAUUAAAUUUACUGCCAUAAGAAGAAGACAUCAUUGUCGUAGAUGUGGUAUAUUGGUUUGUGGAAAAUGUUCAGAUCAAAGUUGGAAAUUGGAUAAUGCAGGUAAACCUGUACGUGUGUGUCGUUCAUGUUACUCUUAUCUAUCAAUGACAACUUCUAGAAGAAAUGAGGCAGCUGCAUCUACCUCGUCGUCGACACCUGGUUCAUUGGAGACAUCGAGUUCUACAGAUAAUUUAUCUAGUAUUCCAUUGGUUGGCGACACAACUAGUACAAUCAAUGAAGAGAGUGGAAUCGUUUCAUCGGAUAGUGAUUAUGAUGACUAUCAAGAUCAGGCAUCUGCUACAAGUGAUUCAUUAACCGAAAUCCCAUCCAUCACUCUACCUCCAUUACCAUCAUCUUCAACGACCACCACUCAAAGAUCACUGUCACCAUUUUCAUCACCAAUGGUUGUUGGUAGUAAUAGUAUGACUCAACUCCCAUCCAUUAAUAAUACCAAUAAUAAUAAUAAUAAUAAUAAUUAUCAAUCGAGUCAUAGUAUGAGUGCACUUCCACCAUUACCAUCGUCAGUCAAUUUACCUCCACCUGUUGUAUUACCAACUAUUCCAUCAACUCUUAGAGAAUCAUCUCCUCCUCCACAAACACAAACUCAAACACAAACAACAACACCACCAACACAAUCACCAGCCAUACCAACCACUCCACCUCCAACACUUUAUAAACAAAAUUCUUUGUUGUCUUUUUGUAACCUUGUUAUCACUCAAAAUCCAAAUGUUGAAGCUGCUGGUUUCAAAAAGAAACCUUCCACGUCUGGUUCAAGCUCCCCUGCUACAUCCCCAAUAGUUGAUAGAAAAAAUACAUCCACCUCCUCUACAAUUGUUGAUCCAUCAUCCAUUUCAUUACCAGGAAUUAAAACUAUUCAUUCACCAGAUACUAAUAAUCAAAAUAAUCAAAAUAAUCAAAAUCAAAAUACUAAUAAUCAACAACCAAUUGUAAUUAAUAAUAAUAACCAAAAUAACCAAAAUAAUAAUAAUAAUAAUACAGUUGAAAAUAACAAACCAUCAACAAAACCAAAUGUAAAUUCAAUUCAAGUUUUACCCAAUUCUUUAUCAUCAUCAUCAACGCCAGUUGUUUUAAAACCAACUAGUCAACAACCUCCACCAUCCAUAUCAAAGUUACCUCCAUCCCCAUCUCCAAUUGUUUUGAAACCAACUCCUCAACAACCACCUCCACCUACUCCUACUACCACACAAAAACCAACAACACCUUUACCAACUACACCUUUACCAUCAACACCAAAAGAAUUACCAACUAAAUCUUUACCUCCCAUUCCACCAGUUCCAAAAAAAUCACUACCUCCUCUUCCACCACCAACCAGUACUACCAUAAAUAAUAAUAGUAAUAUUAGUAAUAAUAAUAAUGUCAUUACCAAAACAACAUCAGCAUUUAAUUUAAUUCCAACAAAUACCUCUACAACAACAUCAUCACCUCCACCUAUUCCACCAAAAAGAGCUAAAUCCUCACUUCAGUUGGGUCCAACUCCACCUAUUCCUACCACUCCCACUCCAACUACUACAACUACUACAAAUACUACAAAUACUACAACUACACCUCCACCUCCAGUUGGACAACAUUCAACUGAAAAUCCACCACCUCUUCCACCUAGAAGAACUGUCAAGUAG